CAUACACACAGUGAGAAACAACACAACACAAACGUAAUCUAUCAGCAUGAAAACUGAGCAGCAGCAACCACACUUGGACGACAUGGUGGGACACCAAUCUCCUAAAGAGAACUACAGCUCGUACGACGAGUACCUGGACGGCAGCCGGGCAGAUCCCAACGAGAUCAAGACUAUCCCAGACAGCCAACAAGACUACAAUGUCCUCACACAAACCAAUGGCCAAACAAAAUCCAAAAGCAGCAUCAACCCUGGCCAAUCCAGGAUGACACCUUACAAAAUACCAAAGAAAACAAACAACAUCAUGGAGACCCUGGGUCUUACAUCCAGAAAAACGCCAAACAACCUGCCAACAGCUGAAGCAGACAGAAUUGCUUUAGAAAACCUAAAAAAGGCGACACAUUGGGAGGCCCGCCACCAGGGAGCGUUGAACGCCAUUGAGAACUCACCAGAAGGAAUACCCAAGGGACUCACCCCUAAAAUAUCCUGUAAUGUCCCAGAGAAAGACAAAUCCGACAUUGCAGAGGCGUUUGAAGCAAUACUCUACAAAUGUGGCGAGGAACUAGCAAACGCAGCAGCACUCCAUAGCCAGAACCGGUUGGAGUUCUUCAAACAAGAAAUAACUUCACUGACCAUACAGUUGGCAACUACCAUUGGGUAAAAGGCAGCGGAAAAAACCACAAAAAACCUCCGUAAUUCAGCUGCUGAAAGCAGACCAAGAAGGCGCAACUCAUCAACCAACAGAUCAACCUAAACA